ACUUGGCGCACGGUUUUCACAUAGCAUUGUGUGAGCUCGACGCUUUCUUUUUUUUUUUAAGGUAUAAAAAGUGUUCACCGCAAACUUCUAUUAAAGCUCUUUGAUAUAAGAACAUUAAAGGAAGUUGUUGAAGGUGCAUUAAUAAACUUAAUAUAGCUUUUAAUUAUGAACAUGACGUUUUAUAAUAAUGAAAACUGAUUUCAGAAUGACUGAUUCGUUGAGACUGCAACAAAAGUUUCAAAAAGGACAGAAGCUGACAGGAAUAGUUAGUCAUGUUGAUAGCUUAUCUUCUUUCUACGUUCAGGUCAGCCCCUACAACGAGUUUGAAGAUCUUCAACAGAAAAUUCAAGCCUACUGUGAAGGCAUAACCAGUAGAUGUUUUCUAGCGCCAAAAAAGGGCUCUAUAGCUCUGGGGCAGUAUGAAGGAAGUUGGUAUAGAGCGAAGAUUCUAGAUGCUUGCUCGAACAAAUCCGAAAUACUCUUUGUUGACUUUGGUAAUAAGAGCAUAGUCUCUCAAGACCAGAUGAUAAGUCUACCACCACAAUAUAAGGAACUUCCUUUUCAAGCUAUUCAUUGUAACUUGAAUCUAUCUCGUGGCUUUGACAAACAGGACGCAAAAGCGAUCGAUAAACUUGUACAUCUUACAGAAAAUGACGAAAUAACUCUAGAAGUCAGAGAGGUUGGCUCGAAGUCCUCGUUACAUCUGAUAGAUAUGUACUUGAAAGGAGAACCAGUGGCUAACCAGCUAUUUGAGGGUCUGUGUAAUGGAAAACCACCCUGUACUCUAACGUGUGAGGAUGAGAUCACAGAUAGCUCCAAACCAACAAAAGAAUCCUUAGAAGUUGUUGAUAACGAUCAACCGGAUAGGAAAAUUUCAAAAGGCGAACAAGAAGAUGCUGCAACAAGUAACAAAUCAGAUAAAACUACACAUCCUGCAUAUGCGCUAUUGAAACUUCCUACUCCUUGGCUUAAUGGACUAACCAAACGCGUUAUUGUUACAGCCUAUGAAAACCACUUUUUAUGGUGUAUAGAUGAAGGAGAUGCUGAAGCUGUUAAUAAGCUAUCGCAAAAUAUAAACAAGUACUAUAAAGAAUCACAGGAGCUACAGAGUCUUUCAGCAAAAAUUAAGGUUGGAGAUGUAUUUUGCGCUAACGAUGGCGAUAACUGGCUGAGAGUGACAGUACUGGAUGAACUACCAGGAGGAAAUUAUGAAGUACAAGAUAUAGAUUUUGGCAAGCAGUUUAUAUUAAAAAAAGACCGCUUAUAUAUUUUGGAGGAAAAUUUUGUUUGGCAACCUCGGUGCUGUAGAAAAAUGAUGUUAUUCAAUCGAGGGCUUGUUCUGAAUGAAGAUAUUGUUCAAAACAUAAUGAGAAAACUGAUUUGUUCCAGAAGCAGGGUUCAAAUUAAAAUUGAAAAAACAGAGGAAGAUAUUCACUUUGUGAGCGUAACUAUCAAAAGCUUGGACUUACUUAAUGACAUCUUGGCUUUACCCAAGGCAGUUUGCACUCUGAAAGAGUUGAUGGAAAAAUUUAAAGAUUUUGCCAUUGACUGUACACUACCAACCAACCUACCAAGAAAAUUAAACGCCUACGUGUCGCACGUUGAAUCUAUGACUGAGUUUUACAUUCAACCGUCUACAUGGGAAAAGAAAUUGGAAGAAAUAACUAACACUUUGAAUAUUAUUUAUACGAAACAAGGUCAAUGUUUGCAACUGCUUAAAGCAGAAAAAGGGAUGUUUUGCGUUGCUCGAUAUUCUGAAGACGACUGUUAUUACAGAGCAAAAAUUCUUAGCUGCGAAGAAACAAAAGCAAUUGUACAUUUUAUCGACUUCGGCAACUAUGAUGAAGUUUCCAUUUCACAGCUAUUUGUCCUGGUUGAUCAACUAACUUCACGCUCGCAAUGCAUAAAAUGCAGCCUAAACAACGUAAAAGAGUCGGUACCAAUGAAUACUAUACUUGAAAUGAUGAACGAAAAAUUAUUAAAGUGUGAAUAUUAUAUUGGUUCGGAUUGUUUUGUUGCCGAUAUGUGGGAAAAUGAAAAGCACCUUAAUCACAUCUUUUCACCAGAUUUAGCAACUGUGAAUGAAAUUCAAGCUAAAAAAUCCUCGAUUGACUUAUAUCCUGUCGAAUAUAGUCUAGAUAGACAGAAUGCUAAAUUACUGCAUGUUGACAACCCAUCAAUUUUCUUUGUGUCUCCGCCACCUGCAGAAAAGCAAAAAGCUGAAGUAAAUAAUCUUUUUGAAGAUUGUAAUAUGACGAGAGCUCCUGUUCUAGACAAUGCAUCACCGGGCCAGAUUUGUGCUAUAAAAGUCGUUCAUCCGGAUCUUGAAGGCGUUUGGUUCCGAGGGAAAAUUCUUGAAGUUAGAGGAAACAAAUCUCGUGUUAGGCUGUUAGAUGAAGGAAAGGCGUUUAUAUGUAAUAAUGAUGAAAUCAGAGUAUUACCACCAUCGCUGUUGGUGAAACCAGCAUGUGCAGUUGAAUGUCAUUUAAUUGGUUUGCAAGUACCCGAAAACGGUUGGACCAAAACUGAAAAGAAAUCUUUGAUAUCUGCUUAUCCUCCUGUUCAUAGCCAAGUUUUUGUGGUCUUCAAAAAUAAAGCAGGCGGCCUGUUGCGAACCGAUUUAUAUUCGUCAGAUGGUAAAAAUACUGCUAGAGUUCUUGAAGAAAUUCGCUUAAGUUUGUCUGAGAAUAAAAGAGAGAAAAUACAAGCAGAAUCUACAGGUUCACAUAAGAGUUCAAAGUCGGGCCAGAAUGGGUUGUCCCAGUCUUUAGUUUCCCAACCACUUAAAAAAUUGAUGCUUAAUGUAAAGUAUGAAGCGUUUGUUAGUCACUAUGAAAAUCCAGCAAACAUUUGGAUUCAUUUGCAAGAAGACGAAGAAAGUAUUGCGAGUUUAAAUGCAAAGCUUCACACUGCUUGUAGCAAAAUUGAUUCAAAUCAACAAUUUAAGGAAGGGGAGCUUUGCUGUGCGUUCUCUGUCGAAUUUUCCGCUUGGUACAGAUGUGUAAUAAUACGAUUGGAAGACCAAGAGGCUGAUGUUAGAUAUAUAGAUUUCGGUAACAGAGAAAAGGUGAGCAGUAAACAGCUAGCUCCAAUAGAUAAAUCGUUUCUGGCUAUACCCCCGUAUGCCACAAAAAUUUGCAUCGUAAAUGAAUAUACUGAAGAUGAAUCGAACAAAUUGAAUGAAACAUUGGGUGAAGAAUGUUUAAUUGUGAAAAUUUUAACAACUGACGAGCCUUACAAUGUUGAAAUAAGCACUGAGAAUAUAUCAAAUAUUAGAGAAGCUGUGUUUGGUUCUCCAGCCAAAUUGGGCCAGGAGAGUUCAGCAGUUACCCAAGAGAUAUAUCCUGAGGAAGAAAACAAAGCAAAAAUGGAUGACUUGGUAGUUCAAGAUCAUAAACCAUUGUCUUGUGAUGUCCAAGUCUACGUUAGUUAUGUUGAAUCUCCAACAAAGUUUUGGAUACAAUUAGUUUCAGAAACUGAUGAAAUAGAAAAUAUUCUAAUUUCUUUGCGUGAUGCUGAUUCAAUGGAGAAUCUGAAGGAUAUUGAAGUUGGAAUGUAUUGUAUAGCAAAAUCUAACGCUGACGGCACUUGGUAUAGAGCACAAGUUAUUAAAUUUGAAACAUCCGCUUAUGAGGUUAUUUAUAUUGAUUAUGGCAAUACGGAAAUAGUACAACUUGAAAAUUUAAGAGUAAUUAAUAGUUCUCUGACAGAGACAUAUAAACUGGCAAUAUCUGCAUCAUUAUUGUCAGUAGUCGAACCUACAGGAGGUUGGAAACCAGAGAAAAUAGCCUUGUUUGAAGAAAAAGUACUAGGUAAAGAGCUGACUUGUAGAGUGUGCAGCACCUCCUCUCCCAUUGAAGUAAUUCUUGCUGAUGGAGAUGAUUGUCUAAAUGCAUUGUAUUUAAGCUCUUCUGAUAGUGAAGAGACUCUUUCAACAUAUCCCUGUCAAAUCAUACCAUCAACAGAGGAGAAAGGCCGAAUUGUUCAUGUAAAUAAGAAAGGAGAUAUAUUCUUCCAACUGUAUAAAGAUGAUGAUGACCUGAAUUUGAUUUUUGGUUUACUCGAAGAUAUAACGAAAUAUCCUGUUGUUGAAACAGUCGUUAAUAAUAGUCCUGUUCUGGCGCUAUUUGAAGGAGAAUGGUUUCGCGCUCUAAUAACUAGAAGUGAACCAGUCAUUGAUGUCUUUUUCGUUGAUUAUGGCAACUCGUCUUCUGUAGAACCAAGAGAUCUGCGGAUGGUUAAUAAUGAAAUUUUAAGCUAUCCUCCUUUAGCUUAUUGCUUUAAAGAUUAUGCAUCGGCGCAAGUAACUGAUCAAACAAUAGAAAAUUUAUUAGAAAUAGAAGAUAUAGAUGUAUCGUUUUCGGAGAAACCAAGGAUUCGUCUGGAUGACAUGGAACUUAUGGAGGCGAUGUGGUUAAAGGACAAAAAUAUAUGUACACUAAGAAACAGCUUAGAACGAGAAAACAGCUUAAGUGGCAGUAAAGUAGAAGAGAGCGAAGUGAAUGAAUCUGAGCUAGAGGAAAAGAUAAGGAUUUUCGAGAAUACUUACGAAGAUAUAAGUGAGACGAGCAUCUCACAAAAUGCUGUUGUGAAUAAAGGACCUGUGUUUUUAAACGAAAUUGAUCAAUAUCGACAAGCUAGUGCCAUUCCAAAUUCACCAAAUUAUGAAGCUUUCAAAGAUAUGUCAUGCAUGGAGAGUACCCGGGUUGAUGAAGUAAACUCUACUAAGGAAGAAUCGUGUGUUACCAAUGAAACAGGGAAAACUCUAGACAUUUCUGAAAAUACCGAAUUUGACGUAACAGAAGAAUAUCUUGUGAAAGAGCUGGUUUCGGAAGCAUUAAUUAAUGUAUAUAAUUGCUUAACUCUUUUCAACGCAGCUCAUACAUUAUCAACCUACAAAAACUUUCCGUUGUCUGUUGGACAGCAAUUUGCUGUGGAAGUUAUAUCCUUACCAGGCGAUAAUAUUCUGAUUUUGAAAAGUCUUCAAAUUCCUUCACAAUUGUUAAAUAUAGAUGGUGAGAAUAUGGUUAAUGUAACGUUUGAAAUGUCCAUACCAGCCCUAGCACUAACUAAAGAUAACAAUUGGGUAAGAGUUACAAUUCUACAAGCUAAGAACGGUAUUUGUCAAGUAUGCUCGGUCGACCAUGGAUAUAUAUUUGAAACUGAAACUAAGGCCUUAAAGGUUAUUGAGGACAAAGAAAUCUUAUCGAUUCCAGUUCAAGUAUUUGUCUGCAAAACGGACGUAAAAAGUAAAAAAUUUCAAGAAGUCAUUUGUGCUUUGAAUGAAAGAAAGAAAUGCUUAAUUGAUAUCAAGGUAGAAGCUGUUGAUAACAUAGCUACAGUCUCAAUCGCAUCAGUUGUAGUCAAAGACGAAGUGCAACAAUUAAACAACACAAUCAAGAUCGAAUUUUAG